AUGCGUUAUGUUGACAGUUUUGACGCGGGAUUCUUGGAAUCGGAGCUGUUCGUCGAAAGCCAGUUCAAGUGUUCGUUCACCGGACGGAUCAAGUAUUCUGGCUCCCAGAAGUUCGCUGAGAGCUUGAGAGGAUUCAAGGCGAACUUCGACGUCGCUGGCGCGUCGGGGAGCAAACACAGCUGA